UAUAAAUUCAAAGCUUUCUCGUCAUAUUCUCUCAUAGUUGAAACAAUAACAAUUCCUCUCGAUCUCUAUAAUUUUCUCAACUCUUUCAAUCUUUUCACCUCUUAACCUAAUUAGCAAUGGCAGCAUCAACCUCUUCUUCAUCUUCGAACAAGAAGGUAAUCCUAAGGAGUUCCGAUAAAGAGACUUUCGACGUCGAUGAAAAGGCAGCAAUGCUUUCUCAAACCAUCAAGAACAUGAUCGAGGACCUCGACGACAGCACCGAUCCCAUCCCGCUUCCUAAUGUCACCGCUAAAACUCUCGCUAAGGUUAUCGAGUAUUGUAACAAACACGCUAAUGAUGAAGAUAACUCCGAUCCCGUAGCACAACCUAAUGAUGAACUCAAGCAGUGGGAUAAGGACUUCCUCAAUGUCGACCAAAACACCCUCUUUGAUCUCAUUCUUGCUGCAAACUACAUGGAUAUCAAGGGAUUGCUUGAUUUAACUUGCCAACAUGUUGCCGAUAUGAUUAAAGGAAAAGCACCGGAAGAGAUAAGGAAGACAUUCAACAUCGUGAAUGACUUUACACCCGAAGAAGAGGAAGAAGUUCGAAGGGAGAAUCAAUGGGCAUUCGAGUGAUAGAGUAGAAAUUACUAAGAAUAUCGUUAUGUUUCAUUACAAUCUUAUUAUUUCAAACUAUGUUUUAAUUAGUUUAAUUCUUUGUUGU